AUUAUCUAUGUGUUGAAUGCCUGUGAUGAACAUACCUCCGUUUAUCGGUGAUGUCAGUAUCAACAGUCAAGUGUCAAAUGUCAAAAUGGCGGUUGUUCGGGUACAAGCACUGUACGAUUUUGCGGGGGAACCUGGAACUGCAGAAUUGUCAAUCACAGCAGGGGAGGUCCUCACUGUAACACGACAAAAUGUUGGAGAAGGAUGGUGGGAAGGUGUUAAUCAGGCAGGGCAAACAGGUCUCUUUCCUGCUGCAUAUGUGGAGGAAGUUAAAGGAAGCCAGCCACCUGCAAUGCCUCCACCGCCUCUCCCAGAAGCAUUUACAGAUCCUGCUCAAGAAAGGAGUACAGAACAUGAAGCGUGGGGCAGCCAGGGUGAUCAACAGCAGCAGCAACAAUUAAAUUCUCAACAGUCCUAUGAUGGGGGCGAUUAUUGGGACGAUGAAUGGGAUGAUGACUCAGAAGGUGGAGGAGCACAAUCGACAAUGCAGACAAAUAAUUCAGCAUACACUUCUGGACAGGUGAUACCAAAAUCAGGCAGCUCUGGUGACAUCAGUUCUAUAGGCAAGCCUGAUGGCAGAGGAACUGUUGGUCGGAAAAACUUCAACCGGUUUACAACAUUUGUUAAAUCUGGUGGAGAAAGUUACAUUCUUGGUACAGUAAAAGUUUCAGUCAGAGAAGAAGACAAAGUUUAUAUUUAUGAAACAGAAAAAGGGAUUGUCUGGAACCCGAUUACCGAACCCUACUUGUGUAUGGUCGCUUCGCCAAAGAAAGAAUCCAAGCUGAAGGGUCUUAAAAGCUUUAUAGCUUACCAGCUAACUCCAUCUUUUAAUAACAUUCAAGUUUCAAGAAGAUACAAACACUUUGACUGGUUACAUGAGAGGCUAGAAGAGAAAUUUAGUUUAAUUCCCAUUCCACCAUUACCAGAUAAACAGAUUUCAGGUAGGUACGAGGAACAGUUCAUAGAGCAUCGAAGGGCCCAGCUGCAAGCAUUUGUUGACUCAGUUUGUCGACAUCCGGUACUCUCUCAGUGUGAGGUCUGGCAACACUUCAUAGCUUGUACUGAUGAGAAACGGUGGAAAGCUGGCAAAAGGAAAGCAGAAAAAGAUGAACUAGUGGGAGCAAACUAUUUCAUAACACUUCAAGCACCUGAACAACCUCUGGAUAUUGGAAACCUUGAACAGGAAACAGACAAAUGUUCUAAAUUCAUUCAUGGAAUGGAUGGAGCUAUAAAAAUCCUAAUGGCAACAGCAGCUGACCAAACAAAGAAACACCAAGGACUGUAUAAGAGGGAAUAUCAGAGAAUUGGACAUGCUUUCUCAGCACUGGGUAUGGCUUUCAGGGAAGAUGACUCAACAGAAAAUGCAAGACAAAAUUUAACAGAAGCUGUCAGAGUAACAGGUAAUACAUACCACGAAAUUGGAAAACUCUUUGAAGAUCAACCUAAACUAGAUUGGGAGCCAUUGGGAGAUGUUCUUCAUUUGUAUAAGGGAAUCAUUUCUUCAUUUCCUGAUAUCCUAACAGUACAUAAAGGUUCACUUCAGAAACGUAAGGAAUGUGAAAAGUUAGCUGGUGACCACAAGAUGGAAUCAUCACAGUUGUCAGAUGUGGUACGCCGUACUGAUGUGAUUUCAUAUGCACUCCUUGCUGAGAUCAACCACUUCCAUACCGAACGAGCUGUUGACUUCAGACUAGCCAUGCAGAACUACCUCAGAGAACAGAUUUCAUUCUACCAAAAGAUUGUUGAUAAUCUGCAAGUUGCCCUAGAGAAGUAUAAUUAAUAUGAGAGAUAAUGUUGGCAGCUUGAAACUGUUGGCUGGUAAGACUAAAUACAUGAUGGUGCCAAGAACUGAACUGAACUGAUUCAAUCAUAUAUUAGUGUGUGUUAGAUAUGUAAGUUGAAGCUAAAGAAAAGAAGAGAAGUUUUUACAGCAGCUCUUAAUUCUGCACAUAAGUCAUAUUUAAGCUGAGUGGAAUGUUUUGGCUUUUUCUUUUUUGUAUUCCUGGAAUUCUUGCUGCAAAGUGUGGUUAUUUAAAUUUCAUAUUUACAUCUUUUUUUAAAAAAACACAUGUAACAGAACAGCAGAACAAAGUUACAUUUUGGGUCAUUACUUUAACAGACAAUGAAGUAUUGUUGAACAGGGGAUGCAGAUUCUGUAAUUUAGCAGGGGUUGAAGAUUGUGUGUAGAAUUCAGCAUCCAGGUACAUUUCACCACAAGAUGAAUUCAGUAUUGAUUUCUGGUGUGUCAGUUACCUGUGUAACGUUUUAAUCAGAUUGUUUUGAUGCAUGAAGGAACAUUUAAAUGAUGGUUAUGCUUACUAUCUUGGUUUGAAUAGUAAAUGUGGUUGCCUGCAUACCAAAUGUGGAAAUCUGUGAAAAUUUUAUUUAUUUCAUAUUACAUUCCAUCAUUAGCUUCUUAAUUUAAAUUAUGAGCUUAUACAUAUCACAAAGUGUAAUAGGGAGAGAUUAGACUAGUAUUUUGAAAGUGGAAUUUGAGAUCUUUAUGGCUAUGUGAAUUUAGAUGGUGGUGAUGAUUGUCUGGGUUAUGGUGCCAUGUCUUGUGUUCGUACUCCAGUGUUACAGACGAAGAUACUCCAAAAAUGUUGUGUACAACUAGAAGACCACAGCUCCUGCAGAUUAUAGUUCUUUUAUGUUCAGCAAACACUUGAAAAUUGUGUGUUAAAACCAGACUGGUAUCUUCUUUAUUAAUCAGCAAAUGUUGGAAAUAUUUUUGUAAUUUAUUGUCCAUCUGUCUAAGCCUAUUAGAAUUGUGGCUCACUGGUGGGGUUUUAGCAGCUGUACCAAAAAUUUUGCUUUGAUUGGCUUUUAUGUUACAAGUCCUAUACAUGUUUCUGUAUGUUGUACAUUUCUUUGUCAUGAAUAAUUUGAUCCGUAUUUAUUGGCCCAUGGUAGUUGUAAAUAUUUAAUUACUUUUAUUUAUACUUCUGUAUUUUCUACCAUUUUCUGAACUGUGCAAAACUUCUCAAAUAAAUAUGAAGGUACCGUAUUUUAAAGGUAAGUACUUGUAUCACAGUAUCACACAUGUUGAUAGUUUAUUUGUAUAAUUUACAAAUUACCUGUGUAAUAUCUUAUCUUAUAAUUCAAUUCUAAAAGGUUCUGAUGAUGGUGGAUUACAUUUAAAAUUAUUUGCUAUCUGCACUUUUUCCGUCAUCUUUGUUUAAAAGAAAAACCACAAAUUUUCUGAAACUGGCUCUGUUUCCGUCUUCAGGCAAGAGGGAAGGUACCUGGUCCAGUGAUGGAGACUAACUCUUUCUGGCAGACCCAACAGAGUAGGUACCUUCCCUCUCGUCUGAGGACAGAAACAGCCAGUUUCCGAAACAUGGUUUUUCUUUUAAACAAAGAUGAUGGAAAAAGUCCAGAUAGCAAAUAAUUUUAAGUGUAAUCUUAUUUUGUGUUAUACAAGUGGAAAAUUACGUAAAAACUGAAGCUGAGGUAUUUUAUGUGAAUUAGAGAUAAAGCUUAAUGUAACAAUUUCUUUACUGUCACUGAAGCGUAUGAUCAGAUGAUAUCCAACUGUUCAACAUCGACGUACUUGCAUAAAUGGCCACAUGCUUGUGACAUGAGUGUGUCUACCAAUGUUGCACUAAAGCUAUGGAGCAUAGAGAUACCUGUACACUGUGCUAUUUUGUAACAUGCUAAUUCCCUGAAGGAAGAAUGUGGAAUAGGAUCAUUGUGUAUCUGCAUGAUUCAUAGUCACCUUACUCAGCAAUCACUAGAGAUCUUCUAGUGUAAGUAAUGACACUACAUAUCAUAAUUCAUGGGACAUGUACUGAAAAUGCACACUUUGAAUCAGGCUAUCAUCAGAAGGCCUGCUGUUAUUAAUUGCAAAACAGAAAUAAGAUUUUUCAGAAAAUACAGCAAAAUUUCAAUGAAUUUGCCUCAUGUAAGUUUUGAGGGUCUCAUGGUGGUGGUGGGAACCUCAUAUCUUACAUUCCUUUUCCAGUACAAAUUGAAACAUAUAGCAAUGAAUGGAGCAAAUGGUGAAUUGUAUUUCCUUCCAUUGGUCAUUCACUUAAUUCUGGAGACAGGACACUAGCUAUAUCAAUACAGUGGGUGGGUUAUCCUUAUCACAUUGUCUGUUCUUAUGUAUUUCUUCACUGCUUUUGCACCACCUUAAGAUCCUUAUGUACUAUAUCAUUGAACUAUUCUGUUCCAUUUGAUUUCAGUUUCUUAUUCAAUCACUAAUGACCUGGUACCUUAUAACUCAAACAACCAUUCCAGUACAUACUUUCAUUCUGGUAUUUGGAUUUAAUUUACCAGUUGUGUAUAUUAAUAUUUUACAUAAAUUGUUCUUUCAGUGCUAUGUUAGGAACUGAAUGUGUAUAGUUUUUCUGAUUGUUCUAGUCUGUAAAUAAAUAAGCUUUGUUUAUAUGAUUUGAAUAAUGAAGUUGCUGGAUCCAGGGGAAGGUUAAGGAUGCAAGUGACUGGUACAGUUGAGAGGACAAUUUCAUCAUUCUCAGUCCUAUGAGUGGUUAAAUAGUGUACUAGGGUGACAGAACCAAAAUACAAAGAUGGUUUAUAAUGCGAAAAGGAUAACAUGGAGUAUAUUUUUUUGUGCUUACCAUUGGAACUGCUUUCGACUGGGCAAUGUUUAUUGUGUAAAAAGUCAGGACAUGUCUGCUUUGAAGGUAUGUAUGUUCCAUUUAUGUGUAUCCUUAGAAAUAUGGUAUUAUGUUCCAGUAUCUAAUUGCAAUUCUUUGUGUACUGAUUUUCUUUCAGUAAGUGUGUCUUUAAGUUAUAGAUGUACGUGACACUUGGCCAUCAUGAGAAAUCUAGAUAAAGAUUUUAGAAAAAAAUGUCUUGAUAUUUCAGAGCUUUCACAGUAUGUAUUUCAAGUGCAUUAGUAUGGCCAACACUGACUCUAGUGUUGUUAACACGAUAAAUCAUAUUUUUUUACAUACAGAUGUUUUUUAUGCAAACUACAAAAUUAUAUCUGUGUUACGGUAUGCAUAUUGUGUUAAUUUUAAUAGAAUGCUUUGCAAGACCUGGAAGUUUAUGACUUAUGUCAAUGAAUUUCUGAGCAAGUCAGAAUGCCCCUUACCAGAUUUCUGAAGCUGAUUUCUAGUCGCUAUGUUUAAAUUUGACCCUGGUUAUUUUAUUGUAAACUUAAUUACCGUUUUGGAAUUAGUUGAAUUAAAUCUUGAAGAUUUUAUGCAGAGUUCAUGUCAAAUGAAACUGAGAUUGGAGUCCCGAAGUAUUGACACUUUUAUUUCUUAAAAAAAGAAACUAGGAAUUAUAUCAUGUUCUGAAAAAUUCCCGUUUGAUGAAAUAUUGGUCAGAUUAUUUAAAUAUGUAAAAAAAACAAUUUAUUAUUUACUUGUGUCAUGUUAUUGUAAACUGUGUUACAUUAUUGUAUAUUAAAUGUAAGAAUCUGUUGACAUUUAUAACCAGGGACCUAUCUUUGCUAGGUGUAUGAAAGAGCAGUUCUAUCAGAAAAGUGAAGUUUACAGUUAAAGUAGGAAUUCUGAUUGGUUUUCAAGACUUGUUUUCACAGUAUUUACAGAGAAUAGAGAGUGACAAAGAAACCGGACCUAAUGCGUGGUUGAUUAAUGCUGGUUCCUUUUUUGUAACUUUGUAACCUUGUAAUUGCUGUUAAAAUUUUGUAUGUUGCAGUACUUGUUAUAUUAUUUAUAUGAUAUUCAUAUUUGUAUGUGGUCAUGAACAACUUUAUUUGAACAUUAUUGUAAUUAUAUUAUUUUCAGAUGUUUCCAUUGCAGUUAGUUGCUUCCUUGCAUUUUUAGUGGUAUGUACAAUUUUUGUAAUGAUUAUAAGAUUCUAAAAUUGAAUGCAAUGACGAGUCUGAUAUUAGUGUGUAGUGUUUCUGGCCAUAACAAUUUAUUACUCAUGGUCCAAGCUUUUGAUCUUGUCUUUUCAGUUCAUGUAGAAUGUACCAAAUAUGUCGUGUUAUCCGUUUCGGAUUUAGUAAGCACAGUUGUUUAUCUUUAUUUUGUUACUUUUUUGAUAGUUUCUCCUGUAUUUUAAGUUUCAGAAAUCACUGCUACCUGUAAUUUGAAGAAAUGUUUGGAUUGAACAUCAUUAAUGGUCUUGCAUAAGUCAGUAAUUUAGCAGUGAAAUGGAAGAAACAUUUGUCUGAAAGACACAAGUAAGCAUUAAUCUUAUAGCUUUACUUAUUGAUAUGGUAAGAUAAUUGCUGUCUGUUGAGUUUUGUGUACAGAGAAUAAUGUUUUGUUUGGGUGUAUGCAUGGUACCAAGAAUUAUUUGCAUUCUGAAAAUAAUCUAGUUCAAAUUAUUGGGACUAACAAUUUGACUUCCAUGAUAGGAGUAAUAGCAAAGGUUACCAGAAUCGAGUUAUAUUCAAAAUGACAGGUAAUUUAAGAAUGCUGCGCAAAUACAAAUUAUGAAUUUAAA